UACAGUAUAAACACCGGGCUAUGUUGUCAAGACGUUCUCUAGUUCGGAUUUAGUUUAAAUUGUUAAUAAGGAGUACAAUCUUUUGGAUUUAUAUCUAUCUAUUAAUGUAUAUUGCAAUUUUCUAAAGCUAUUGUGAACUACGGCGGGUAGGUUAAAAUUAAACCGAAGAAAACAUGGCUUCAAGAUCUUUCUCAGAAGAGGAUUUCUCCUGCGCGGUGUGCCGUGACAUCUACAAGGAUCCUGUUAUUCUGACAUGCAGUCACAGCAUGUGUAAAGUCUGUCUAGAGCGGUUCUGGGAGACAAAACUAUCCAGGGAAUGUCCAGUUUGUAGAAGUGUGUCCUCAAACGAACAGGUCUGUCCGCCCAAUCUGGCUUUAAGAAACUUGUGUGCGAUCUUCUUGCAAAGAAGUCAGAUAGCUGCAGCAGAUUCUGACGUACUUUGCCAUCGGCAUAAGGAGAAACGCAAACUCUUCUGUCUGGAGGAUACACAGCCUGUGUGUUUGGUGUGUCGAGAUUCAAAGAAACACAAAGGGCACACCUUCAGUCCUAUAGAUGAAGCAGCACAAGAACGUAAGGAGGAACUCAGGGUCAAACUGCAGCUCUUAGAGAAGAAACUUGAAGACUUCAACCUCACAACAUUCACCUGUGAUAAAUCUCUAGAGUACAUAAAGGUUCAAAUCCAAAACACAGAGAGGCAAAUCAAGGAGGAGUUUGAGAAGCUUCACCAGUUUCUACGAGAUGAAGAGGCUGCCAGGAUAGCUGCUCUGCGGGAGGAAGAGGAGCAGAGGAGUCAAAUGGUGAAAGAGAAGUUGGAGAAGAUCAACAGAGAGAUCUCAUUACUCUCCGACACAAUCAGAGCCAUAGAGGAGGAGAUGAGAGCCAAUGACAUCACUUUGCUGCAGAACUACAACAGAACAGUGGCUAGAGCCCAGUGCACACUGCAGUAUCCAGAGAGGGUUUCAGGAGCUCUGAUCAAUGUAGCAAAGCACCUGGGCAACCUGAAGUUCAGAGUCUGGGAGAAGAUGCAGGAGAUUGUUCAAUUCGUCCCUGUUACACUGGAUCCUAACUCUGCACAUCCGCAACUCAUUCUGUCUAAGGAUCUGACCAGUAUGAGCUUCAGUUAUAAUAAACAGCAACUCCCUGAUAACCCAGAGAGAUUUAAUUACUGGGUAAAUGUAUUGGGCUCUGAAGGCUUUAACUCAGGGACUCACUGCUGGGAUGUGGAGGUUGGGGACAUACAUCUUUGGGCAUUGGGUGUUAUGUCGGAGUCGGCCAAGAGGAAGGGACCAGUUUGCGAAUGGAGUGGGCUUUGGAUUUUGCUCCAUGACCGCGGCGAGUAUGAUGCAUUUUCCUCUCCGCUGCCGAAGUCUUGGUUCGAAGAAUUCCUGCAAACCAGGGCAUCAAGACCCAACCCUGUCACUGUGACUCAGAGACCCCAGAGGAUCCGAGUGCAGCUGGACUGGGACAAAGGAGAGCUGUCUUUUCAUGACUCUGAUAGCAACACACACCUACACACUAUUACACACACUUUUACAGAGAGAGUAUUUCCAUUUUUUGGCGCUCAGAGUCAACGUAUCCCACUGAAGAUCUUGCCACUGAAGCUGGAAUCAAUCAGUGAAAGACUGAGUGGUGCUCAGGGAGCGGAUAGAACAUCUCUGUAGUCUUGCUACAAGGUCAUGAGGGCAUGGAUUUGUUUUCCUGGACCUUGAGGGAAAAGGAUUUUGACCAGAUUUUGAAGAUCUUUUUUGCUUGUGUGAAUGUUAGAGAGCUGCCAUCAAGUUUGUGUAAAUUGUAAAUUGACUGUAAAUUAAUUAAUGUUAUUUGCAACUGUUAUUUGCAACAACACAGGGAGACUUUUAAUGUGAUUUGUGUCCUGGCCACUGUCUGAGGUUUCUUCCUAUAUGUAUCACCUAUUCUAGGGAGUUUUUCAUCGCCCCUGUUACUCAUGGGCUCUCUCUGUUUGUUAAACACUCUGUAAAGAGCCAUGAGACAUAUGUAAUGUUUUGGCGCUCUAUAAGUGAAAAUUGAGAAAGUUGAAAUUGAGUGCUUUAGCUCAGGAAGACCACUGGGAUGUGGAGGUUGUGAAAAGGAAUCACAGUACAGUUAUUGAACUACUGUAGGUGUGAGGAGAGAAAAUUACUGGAUUUUUGCAUGUACUGUAAGUGUGCCGACUUUUGAAGGUAGAGGUUCCUUUUUUAUUGCACUGGAAGUUUGUUUGUUUGUUUGUGUUCAGCACUUGCUUUCCGUGCUUACAGUAACUCAGGGUGUGCUUCAUCUUCCAGCCUUAAUAAAAAAAACAAAGCCCUA